AUGGGCAAUAUUGGACCGUUUCAGAAACCCUAUAACAAAAGACAAUAUUGGGACUGUCGACCUAUAUACAGGUCUCACAAUUUGCCCAAGACAGCUUUAGUCAGUUUUCCAGGGUCGGGGAAUACAUGGUUACGUCACAUGAUACAGCAAGUUACUGGAAUAGCUACAGGCAGUGUUUAUAAUGAUUCUUCCAUUUACAAUCAAGGCUUCCCGGCAGAAGGAGUUCACGAUGACACUGUAAUCCUGAUCAAAACUCAUGAAUGGGGGGAGAAAGAAAAAGGUAGAUAUCAGAAAGCUGUUAUUUUGAUCAGAGAUCCAUUUGAUGCUUUAAGAGCAGAGUUUAACCGACAACAUAGAGGUCAUUUAGGUCACGCUUCAUAUUUCGACUAUAAACAAUGUAAGUAUAAGAUACGUAUGAUUGUACCAAUAAUCAUCAAACGUCUUUCUUUUCCAGAUUGGCGAAAUUUUAUCCACGAAAACGCCGGAUUGUGGAAUAUAAUUUACUUGGAUUGGUUGAAAUUCAAAGGCCCAAUUCAAGUGAUUCAUUUUGAAAAACUACGAAAUGACCCUGCUUAUGAAAUCCAGAAAUUGCUAACGUUCUUAGUCGUACCGUAUACGAAAUCGGACAUGUCUUGUAUGAUGAAAAAUAGAGAUGGUAGAUUUAGGCGGAAUUUUAUUCAAAUCCUUCAACCAUUUCAGAGGUUUUCUUAUUAUAUGAAGAUGUCGAUCAAGGCGUACAAAUUGAAUAUCACAAAAGAAAUUGGUCUACUGACUAGAAAUUAA